AUGCCAACUCCCUCUGCGCCUUUUCCUAUGGAAUCCCUUUAUCAUGCUCCUUCAAAAUGUAGGCAAUCAUGUUUCUUCACAGCUUCCUUUUUAUUAUUGAGCAUUUACGAUACUUUUUAUAUUUAUGGUAGUCUUCCAUCUAUCUAUUUACUCAUAUGUUUAUAUCUAUCUAUCUAUCUAUCUAUCUAUCUAUCAAAGUCUGUUCAUAUCUAUCUAUCUAUCCAAGUCUAUCUAUUUUUUCAUAACAACUUAGCACCCAUUUAUCUACUUUCCCAUCUAUCUAUCUAUCUAUCUAUUUAUCUCUCUCUCUAUCUAUCUAUCUCUCUAGGAAUCUAUCUUAGUCUAUUUCUAUCUAUGUAUCUUAGUAUGUUUAUAUCUAUCUAUCUAUCUAUCUAUCUAUCUAUCUAUCUAUCUAUGAAUCUAUCUUGCUCUCUAUCUAUCUAUCUAUCUAUCUAUCUAUCUAAUCUAUUCAUACUUAUCUCUCUAUUAUUCUCUAUUUUCCUUAUUUCACACGUGUCUAUUUUUGUUCCGUCAAAUACUAUUUCCUUUUUAUCUAUUUCUUUCGUGUAUUUCUUUUACCCUCAACAUCUUGUCCGCUUAUCUUUCUCUCCACAUCUCUCUCUCUCUCUCUCUCUCUCUCUCUUUCUUUCUUUCACAUUCUAUUCUAUAGCUUCAGCGUCUUUUUCUCCUUUUAUUUCCCUCUCUUUUGCUUUACCAUUUCCACACUUAGUCGACUCUUUCUUUAAUGUCUAUACUCGUUAA